AUGCGGCCCGCCUCUGCGAACAAGCCAUCGGUCCAAAAGCUCCGAGAACAGGGCAUCCGGAUUUGGUCCCUAGAGCUUGAUGACUAUAAUGAGCUUGUGUCUGCCCUAACUGGGCAGAAGAAGCUCCUCGAAGCCGCGAAGCUUGCAGGUGUCAAAAGGAUCGUUCCGUGCGCUUUCAUCACGGUCGCCCCUCCGCAGGGUGCUAUGCUGCUUCGUGAUGAGGUAUGGGUAUUGUGGUUUAUGAAAGGAAAAGGGCUAGUUGAACUGACCUUCACAUCGAAAGAGGAAAUCUACAAUGCCAUUAAGCUCUUGGGUAUCCCCUAUACCGUGAUUGAUGUUGGCUAUUGGUAUCAGAUAUCUUAUCCGACUCUCCCGUCUGGCAAAGUGGAUUAUGCGCAAAUCGUUCCAGUGACGGCUAUUCAUGGGGACGGGGCAGCUCCGAAUAUCCUGAUUGAUUUACGUGAUGUUGGACGUUUUGUCGCACGUAUCGUACUUGACGAUCGGACCCUGAACAGAUAUGUCUACACGUCCGUCCUUUCCGAGAACGAAACCUUUCGUAUCGCGGAAGAAAUGUCUGGUGAGAAGCUGGAACCGUCUCGGAUACCGAAUGAAGAUAUCGAAACUAGUGUCGAGCAAGCCAAAGCUGCUCUUGCCCAUGACCCUCAUGAUUCCAUGAAACGCAUCGGCCUCUACAUAGCCCAAUACCAGCAUAGCAAGUACGUGCGUCAGGACAACAGUCCUGAAUAUGCCGACUAUCUGGGUUAUCUUAACGCUAGAGAUCUCUAUCCGGACUUCAAACCAAUAACCUUCCGUGAUACUUCGUGGAGGUACUGGCUGGCAAGGGGAAGAAAGUGUAUGCAUAGUUUUAUCUUGGUAUACUACCCUGCUGGGGCCAUAAUCUUGGCCCUAAGCCCUGUUGUUCGAUCCUGGAGAUUCGAAUAA